AGAGGCCCCGACUUAACAGUCUUCAAUCUUUAUAUAAACACGACACUCCAUUUUUAGGGUUAGGGUUUUGCACUGCGGCUGCUACUUCGGCUUCAUCUUCUUCGAUUUCCUCAAACUUUAUCUGCGCAGAACCAAACCUCUAUCACCAUGGGGAAGACACGUGGAAUGGGAGCUGCCCGCAAGUUGAAGUCACACCGAAGGAGACAAAGAUGGGCUGACAAGGCAUACAAAAAGUCCCAUCUUGGCAAUGAAUGGAAGAAGCCUUUUGCUGGUUCAUCCCAUGCAAAGGGCAUUGUUCUUGAAAAGAUCGGUAUUGAGGCUAAGCAGCCCAACUCUGCCAUUAGAAAAUGUGCCAGGGUUCAACUCAUCAAAAAUGGCAAGAAGAUUGCUGCAUUUGUGCCAAACGAUGGUUGCUUAAAUUACAUUGAAGAGAAUGAUGAAGUAUUGAUUGCUGGAUUUGGACGAAAAGGUCACGCCGUGGGUGAUAUUCCUGGUGUCCGGUUCAAGGUUGUGAAGGUUUCUGGUGUGUCUCUCCUGGCUCUGUUCAAGGAGAAGAAGGAGAAGCCAAGGUCUUAAAGUUGUGGGACGUGUCCUCUCUAUAGCUUAUCCAAAAUAUUAUUAUGAAUUUUGCUUCAUAAGACUAGAUGAGUUCAUUGGACAAUUUUGUACCUCUAAUAGCAAUUUUUCUAAACUUAAUUUAUAUCUUACUUCCUUUCUCCAUCUUUUAGAGAUUGCAUUAUUGAAUGAAUUCCUGUCAACUUUACGCCAUCA